AGGAAAAGCAGCUGGAGCUGACUCUGGAGGCGCUCAUCAGCCAGGUGGCUGACCUGAAGAACUCUUUGGUCAGUUUUAUUUACAAGUUGGAGAACGAGUAUGACCGACUCACAUGGCCUUCAGUUCUGGACAGCUUUGCGUUGCUUUCAGGACAGCUGAACACCUUGAAUAAGGUGCUAAAGCAUGAGAAGACCCCAUUAUUGCGAAACCAGGUUAUCAUACCCCUGGUGCUAUCACCAGAUCGUGAUGAGGAGAUCAUGCGACAGACGGAGGGACGUGUGCCGGUGUUCAGCCAUGAGGUGGUGCCUGAUCAUCUCCGAACUAAGCCGGAUCCCGAGGUGGAAGAGCAGGAGAAACAACUGAUCACAGAUGCAGCUCGAAUCAGCCCUGAUGUGGCACAGAAACAGAUCCAAAGUCUGAACAAAAUGUGCUCAAAUCUGCUGGAGAAAAUCAGCAAGGAGGAGCGGGAAUCUGAAAGUGGAGGUUUACGUCAGAACAAGCAGACUUUCAACCCUGCAGAUACCAAUGCUCUGGUAGCAGCUGUGGCCUUUGGGAAGGGGCUGUCAAACCGGCGCCCCCCUGGCACAGGGGCAUCUGUGCAGUCAGGCCAGCCAGGAGCUGGUGCAAUCAUUGCAGGGGCUUCAGGCAUGCAGCAGGUCCCAAUGUCAGGUGCAGCAGCUCAGCAGCAGCCAAUGCUGGCAGGAGUGCAGAUGGCACAAACUGGACAACCAGGAAAGAUGCCGAGUGGCAUAAAAACGAACAUCAAGUCUGCCUCAAUGCAUCCAUAUCAGAGAUGAGCUGAGAUGAAGAAAACCCAGGGAAGAGCCAUUACCAGCAUUGCUCCUGCUGCAGCCACCGCUCCUGGAUGCUGUCUAGGACUUCUGAGUCUCUUUGCAUACCCACAUACCAUAUCCAGGGAGCUGGGAACCCCUCC